AUGACCCGUGGUGGUAAUGGCGUGAAAGAAUCAAAGGGGGUGCUGGUGGUGACGAGAGCUACAGUGGUGGCGGUGGUGGUGGUGGUGGUAGUGACGAACGCGACAGUGGUGGUGGUGGUGGUGGUGAUGGAGAAGAUGGGAAGUCAGUUCAAGAUCUCUGUCUUUUCUCCUUUGUCAUCGAAGAAGCCUCUCUCUCUCUCUCCUUCUCUUCAUCUCUCUCAAUCCGCCAUAGCAGAGCUAGGGUUUGGAUUUCAGAUCUGA